GAAUAUACCAUCAUGUCCAGCAUGGGUGCGGUGCAAUCUGGUCCUUGGUAUUCGCUGGGCAGACCGACAUCUCGGAACACAUAUUCCGAUUGUGAGGGUCUUUCCAGAGGCUGACGAAUACAGUCUCGGAUGCUGAAUAUACUGUAUCAUGGAUUAGAACAAGCAAUGCAGCCAUUCCUGCAGGACCUCUUCGCAAGACCCUGAUGAUAUCGCGGAUCAGCUUCAUUUCUCUUCAUGAAACUUCUGACAGAUGCCUUAUUGACCGGCCAUUGUAUACGCACGCAAUAAUGAACUGCAAUCUCCUAAUUUCCAACCUCUCCUUACUCAACACAUUCGAUGUCCAACCCACGAGUCUGGCUUGUUACUGGUGCUUCUUCCGGCUUCGGAAGACUGAUGUCCGAACUUGUUCUCAGUAAGGGCGACAUUGCGGUGGCGACGGCGAGGAAGCCUGAGACGUUGGAUGACCUGAAAAUCAAAUAUUCUCCCUCGAAGCUGCUUGUCCUGAAACUGGACGUCACCCAUGCCCAGGAAAUCAAGGAUGUUUUCACCAAGAUCAAGGAAACAUUUGGCAGGCUGGACGUGGUCUUCAACAAUGCCGGAUACAGCACGCUGGGCGAGGUGGAAGCGACACCGGAGGAUGUUGCUCGCGGCCUGUUCGACACCAACUUUUGGGGUGCCACGAAUGUUAGUCUGGAAGCCGUGACGUUUUUCCGUGAAGAGAACAAACCGGCGGGCGGAAGAUUGAUCAUCAAUUCCUCUGAGAUGGGUGUUCAUAGUGUCGCAGCCUGCGGAUUUUAUUCCGCCACCAAGCAUGCUCUGGAAGGAAUUAGCUCCGCCCUAGCACAAGAAUUGAAUCCUGAAUGGAAUAUUAAAGUCACUCUUGUUGAACCUGGUACCUUCCGCACUGAGGUUCUCGUGAAACUUGGCGAUGGUUAUAGUCAUCCUGCCUAUACCAAGCCGACUCUACUUAGCAACAUCAUUCGUGCAAUUACCCACGACAAGAAUCUGAAGCAGGGAGAUGCGUCCAAAGGCGUGGAGAAGAUAUACACUCUGUCUCUCCUUCCUGAGCCACCUUUUCGGCUACCUCUUGGGAAAGAUGCUCUUGAAAUGGUCAGAGAGGAGGCGAACAGCAUUUUGGAGGAUGUUUCGAAAUACGAAUCGUGGUCUGAAGGCUUGGAUUUUGAUGCACUUGAGGGCGUCACAUGCAGAGUCCGAAAGAUGCCUAAAUCAUAACAUAUCGUCAUAGAGCUACAUGAGACCGUAAGUUAAAUCUUUUUGUGGUUGCAAGAAGUUAGGCUUGAUUCAAACCGGGGGCCCGGCGGGGCGGUUCCGUAAAAGGCUAACCAAGAACAUCCUAUAUUUAAGCGCACAUUCGUCG